AUGGAAGACGGAAAGAAUGCGAAUCCGUUGGUUCUCAACCCAUCAGAUCUUCCGACCCGAAAACGACGUGCAUCAGCCCGGGAUGACCACUCUUUAGGCAGCUCGGCCUUUGCAUAUCCAGCCCCUUCCUUUGCCAUCGACCCCUUUACGCGCUCGGCCAGCCCGUCGUCUCUCGACUCAAGUGACAGCGACGCAGAGGAAGAGCCCAUCGAUGCCCAGGAGAUUUACGACUUGGUGGCCACCAUGUCCGACCCUGAACAUCCCAUUACUCUCGGUUCCCUAGCCGUCGUCUCUCUGCCUGACAUUUCCAUCAAGCCAACCAUUCCGAACCGUCCGAACUCCAAUCUCCAGACAGUCACCGUCUUGAUCACCCCUACGAUUCAACAUUGCAGUUUGGCCACCGUAAUAGGCCUGGGGGUGCGGGUCCGGCUGGAAGAGUCACUCCCUCCCAGAUUCAGGGUUGACGUUAGGAUCAAAGAGGGUACACAUUCAACCGCGGACGAAGUUAACAAACAACUGGCAGAUAAGGAGAGAGUGGCUGCGGCUUUGUGGAACCCUACAUUGCAGAGCUUUAUCAAGAAAAUGCUGGAGACUUGCGAAUGA